CAUCUUUCUCCCUCUCUCCUCAUUCUUGCUCGUCAUCAAUCAUCAUCAUCCGAAACCUCAGAUCUCUAAGGCCGGGAUGGUAAUUGCACGAGGUUUGUUAGGGAUACAAACAACUCUUGUGAAAAAUAUGCAACAUAUGGUAUUUUCCCUAACCGAAGCAGGGGCUCGACUUUUCGUUACCAGAUUCUUUAGACAAUUCAUAUCGAUCGGUUGUGUAACGAUACUAGAAGGAGACACGAUAUUCAUAUUUGGGGAAAAUGAAUCUACUUGUCCUUUGAAAUCUAUCCUCAAGAUUCACAGUCCUCAGUUUUACUGGAAGGUUAUGACACUAGCAGAUUUAGGACUUGCAGAUGCUUAUAUCAAUGGAGAUUUUUCUUUCGUCGAUAAAGACUCAGGACUUUUGAAUCUGAUUAUGAUUCUCAUUGCAAACAGAGACCUGAACUCACGAAAAUCAAACCUUGCCAAGAAAAGGGGAUGGUGGACACCAGUGUUUCUAACUGCCAGCUUAGCAUCUGCAACAUAUUAUCUAAAGCAUGUCUGUAGACAGAACACUUUAACUCAAGCUCGAAGGAACGUUUCUAGUCAUUAUGACCUUAGCAACGAGUUUUUCGGUCUCUUCAUGGAUGAUACCAUGAUGUACUCCUCUGCAGUAUUCAAGUCAGAAAAUGAGAAUCUUAGAACUGCACAGAUGAGAAAAAUACAUCUUUUAAUCGAAAAGGAUAAAGAAGAACCAUAUGAGGUUUUAGAGAUAGGAUGCGGAUGGGGAACUUUAGCCAUAGAAGUUGUGAAAAGAACUGGAUGCAAAUACACUGGCUUUACUCUAUCUAUUGAACAACUUAAAUAUGUAGAAGAGAAAGUUAAAGAAGCUGGACUUCAGGAGCGGAUUACGUUUAAGCUCUGCGAUUAUCGCCAACUAUGUGAUACUCAAAAAUAUGACAGAAUUAUAUCUUGUGAGAUGAUAGAACAUGUUGGCCACAAAUUCAUGGAGACAUUUUUCAGUCACUGUGAAGCUGCGCUUGCAGAAGACGGCAUUUUUGUCCUCCAGUUCACAGCAAUACCUGAGGAGCUUUACGACGAGAGCAGACUAACUUCAGGUUUCAUAACGGAAUACAUAUUCCCUGGUGGAUGUCUUCCUUCUUUAGCCAGAGUUACUUCAGCCAUGGCCUCUUCCUCUAGGCUAUGCAUUGAAAACGUUGAGAACAUUGGGAUUCAUUACUAUCCUACGUUGAGAUACUGGAGGAAGAACUUAUUGGAGAGACAAAAACAAAUCAUUGAUCUUGGAUUCGACGAGAAAUUCUUAAGGACAUGGGAAUAUUAUUUCGACUACUGUGCAGCUGGGUUCAAGACUCUUACCCUUAGAAACUACCAGGUAACACACACACACUCGAGCACAUUAACCAGAAACAUAACCAUGCUUUAGACUUGAUUUGAAUACACUAUAUGCAUUUCUGCAACAUUGCAGAUAGUUUUCUCACGUCCAGGGAACGUAGCUGCAUUCGGUAAUGAUGAUCCAUUCCACAGCUCCGCUUUAACUCAAGAAAUGGGACUAAUACUUCAGACUGGAAAUGUUUCGUCUAACGUUGUUUUUUCUGUGUGUUUCCCGUUAAGUUUCAUAAUUUGCAAGAGACUACCUAGACACUUGAAACAGUUCUGCUUUCAUGAUUAUGCAUUCUGUUCCAACAAUCUUUCACUGUCCAGACCAUAUAUCUGAAAUGUUUGUGAACCUUUACUCAAGCUGUUAUUGUGCAAUGGCUAUUGUUCAAGAUCAAGUACUAUGAUGUAACUCAAGAUC